AAUGCGUAACUUUGCCUGUUACGUUGACUGUAUAAUAAACUUUGCUGACUUUUUCUUUUCUAAACAAUAACAUUUAACAUUGAAUGACCUUCAAAAGUAAUACAUAUAGCCAGUCCGAAGUCAAGCUGGUUCAUUUGAGAUUGCUGCGCGUCGAAAAUAGAAAUCUUAGCUGUAAAAUAAGACAUUAUUCAAGAUGGACGCCGGACAAGUGAGAUUCACGAACGUGGACUUUGCCGUGUUUGCUCUCAUGUUAUUCAUAUCUGUAGUGAUCGGAAUUUAUUAUGCCUUUACUGGAGGAAAACAGAAGACAACUGCGGAGUUCCUUUUAGCAAAUCGUGGUAUGAUGGCCGUCCCAGUCGCAUUGUCACUAUUGGCAUCUUUCAUGUCGGCCAUCACUAUCCUUGGUGUCCCGGCAGAGAUGUAUACGUUUGGGACUCAAUAUUGGAUGAUCAUAGUCUCUUAUGUUUUUCUUUUUCCUGUUGUUGCUCUGGUUUUUGUUCCUGUGUUUCGUGCUGUGGAAAUAACGAGUUCUUAUGAGUACCUAGAAAAACGGUUCUCAGUGGGCAUCAGAUCAAUUGCAAGCAUUAUGUUCAUUAUUCAAACGUGUCUCUACAUGGCUAUAGUAACGUAUGGUCCAUCAUUAGCUAUGGAAGCAGUGACAGGAUUUCCUGUGUGGGUUUCCAUCGUGGCCAUUGGUGUUGUGUGUACCAUUUAUACCAGUAUUGGUGGCAUAAAAGCAGUGAUAUGGAAUGAUGUUGUUCAAGUUCUAGUCAUGCUAGGAGGCCUUAUUGCUAUCGUUGUUGUUGGUAGUCAAAGGGUUGGAGGAUUUGGCAAAGUGUGGGACAUUUUGGACAAGGGACAACGUCUCAAAUUUUUUGACUUUAAUCCAGACCCAACUCAAAGGUUAUCUUUUUGGAGCCUAACUAUUGGUGGAGCCAUUGGGCUUUUUCCCCUCUGGGCUGUCAAUCAAACAGCAGUGCAAAGGUUUUUAUCAGCCAAGUCAGACAAGGAUGCAAGAAGAUCUGUGUGGCUCAAUGCUCCUUUGAGCAUCUUUGCUGUCUCUCUGUGUGCGUUAUGUGGUUGUGUCAUCUAUGCUUUUUAUCAUGAUUGUGACCCAAAAUCACAAAAGUUUAUAACAAAUGGAGAUCAGAUUUUGCCCUUUUUUGUGAUGCAUGUGUUGGGUGACAUUCAGGGUAUUGCUGGGCUCUUUGUGGCUUGUUUAUUCAGUGGAACCUUGAGUACGUUAUCGUCAGGGUUGAACUCCCUAGCUGCUGUAGUCCUCGAAGACAUCAUUAAACCCAUCAACAAAAAUCGCAAUACACAACUUCCCGACCACAGAGCAGCUAUUUACACGAAACUUCUCGCUUUGUUUUUUGGAAUCCUGACGAUUUCAUUGUCUUUCCUGGCAAUGAAAUUGGGCGCUAUCUUAACGACUUUCUACCGCGUGUUUGGAGUUGUUGGUGGUCCUGUGGUGAGCGUGUUUUUGCUGGGAAUCCUGACAAGGAAAGCGAAUGCAAGGGGUGCCUACGCUGGAUUAGUGUCUGGUCUUGCUAUUGGACUGUGGAUUGCUAUUGGCGCACAAAUCUACCGACCUCCCCUCUCCCUCCCUCCUGUGUCUACAAGUGGUUGUGCUGCGGGAUCAAACAUAACCCUAGCCACAUUUGUAAAUACUACAACUGCUAGCACACCUAUCAACAAAAGUUACGAAGGACUUGCUUUGUACAAAUUAUCUUUCCUUUGGUACAGUACAGCCUGCUCCCUUACGACAUUCAUUGUCGGUAUUAUAGUUAGUUAUAUAUUUCCAGGUGACCAUGACAGCGAAGCAGUAGAUCCUCGACUGUUGUUUCACUUCAGCAACUGCUUCAGAAAUAAGUCAGGCAUAGAAAAGUUGUGUCAAGAAUCGGACUACGAGGAAGCUGUCUUAACGGAACAUGAAACACCAGGUACAUACAGGGAACAGAAAUCGACGUCAUCGCUGUUUAACGUCACUUCCGUUUAAUAUCUGAGUCACGUGACACCUAGUCACCUUGGCGAGCCGGCUAUUUUUGACCUGUUUACAAGGCAACAAGCUUGUAAAGUCCAAAACCAGGAGAUCCCUAAACUCAACGAGUGGUAUCUUGCUCAAGAAGUAUUUGGACAGUAAAGCUUGGUAAAUUCGGAAUUUUGAAAGAUCGAUAGUUUUAUACAACUUUUUUCAUUGCACGAGUGUUGUGAUUGGAUCGUUUGUUUUUGUAUUUCGAUUCGGGUUCCGAGCACAAGCCACAGUAUAGAAUUUCUACCAAGGAUAGAAACAGAAUAAUAAUUUAAGGUAACCAAACAUUCUUAAAUAACCUGAAAUCGUUUAAAUUAUUCAAGUUUUCGCGUUUUUCUUUAAAAAUGGAUACCUCUUAUGACUUGCGCAUUUUGUACAUUACUUCUGUUUAAUCUUAUGAUUUUCUUCUAUAUCAUUAUUAUUUAUUAAAGUCGUGGGUUGUGAUUAAAAUAACUUGAAACAAUCCUGUUUAUUUACAAGGGUGAGUAAUUACAUGUAAUAUUUUUUUUACAUUGUUUAUCUAACCAACACAAAUAAAGGAAAUUCUGAUGGAAA